AGAAGCGGCGUUCAAUGCGAGUACGAUACAAACCCGAAGAAAUGGGGGUGAAGACGUAGAGUAAGUUAAAAUCGGAAGGCGCCGUUUUCCAGGGGACCUGUUGGGCGGUGAAGCGUCAUCAAUUGAGCAGAGAAUUCUGCCACGGCAAAACUCCACAUUUUUGUAUAUUUUUGUAAUGUCAAUCGCCCGGCUGGGGACGGGUGAGGGGUUCAUAUUAGAGUGAAUGGCUGAAUCUUUUGGUAGGCUUUCGGUUUGGAUUACUUCACGUUCAUUAUUCCUUUCUUCUCUUUCCUUGAAGUCGGAGACAAGCUUCCACCCGCCCAUAUAGAACUCUGUAUCUUGAACGCUAAACAAGUGAGACAGCUCUCUGCAGCGUGCUUAUCAAUUAGUUGAAGAUACAGCAACCAUCUCUCCUCUCUGCUCCUACGAGUCCUUCCCAAAGUCCUCAUCUCCAGAACUUCACCCAUCGAUACACACCCCACCACCUCACGAUGUGCAAAUCCCCCAUCCACCAAGCUCUCCACGCCCUCCCAAAAUGUGAGCACCACCUACACAUCGAAGGCUCCCUCUCGCCCUCCCUCCUCUUCCGUCUCGCAGAACUCAACAAAGUGCCCCUCCCCAACCCAGACAUUGACCCCUCCUUCGCCUCUGUCGCCGCGCUCGAAGAGCGGUAUCUGCACUUCACAUCCCUCAAUGACUUCCUGCACUACUACUUCAUCGGCAUGUCGGUGCUGAUCACUGCUGCCGACUUCGAGUCCCUAGCCUACGAGUACUUCACCCGCGCCCACGCCGACGGUGUUCUCCAUGCAGAGAUCUUCUUUGACCCACAAGCACACACGCACCGCGGCAUUGCAUACAAAACCGUUGUGGAAGGCUUGGCUGCUGCGCAAAAUCGCGCGGAGAAAGAGUUUGGGCUGACGAGCAAGCUGAUUCUGUGUUUCCUGAGACACAUGUCGGAAGCCGACGCGGAUGUUGCAUACCAGGAAGCUGUGGCGCUGGGUCACUUCUCGAAUGGCACAGUGGCUGGAAUCGGGCUUGAUAGCAGUGAAGUCGGCUUUGCGCCGGAGAUAUUCAGGGAAGUGUAUGCUUCUGCCAAAGCCGCCGGCAUCAGAAGGACAGCGCAUGCGGGUGAGGAGGGAGAUUCGACGUAUAUUUCGAGGGCACUGGAUAUUUGCCAUACGGAGAGAAUCGAUCACGGGAUUAGGUUGGUGGAUGAUGAGGCGUUGCUAAAGAGAGUUGCGAAAGAUAAGACGCUUAUCACUAUGUGUCCGCUCAGCAACGUUAGACUGAGGUGUGUGAGUAAGGUUGCAGAUUUGCCGGUUAGAAAGUUUUUGGAUAAGGGAGUGAGGUUUAGUAUUAAUAGUGAUGAUCCAGCGUAUUUUGGGGGUUAUAUAUUGGAUAAUUAUUGUGCGGUUCAGGAGGCGUUUGGGCUGAGUUUGGGAGAGUGGAAGGGUAUUGCUGAGGGGGCGGUCGAGGGGAGUUGGUGUGAUGAGGAGAGGAAGAAGGCCUUGUUUUCGAAGGUUAAGGAAUGGGCGGAGAAGCACCAAGGUGUUGUCGCUUGAAUCGUGAUUCAGGAGUGAUGUUGAGUGGGAGAACUUCAACGCUAGAGUAUUCCCGAGGCGUUGCGGGAGUUUCGUAGAUCGGAUCGACUUCAACAAUCAUCACUCAAGAUAUCAAAGUAGAUAUGAUGUGUGAUUAUACCCAAUAGGUGCCGUUUUCAAAUGAUUUCAGAUCCCUCAG